AUGAAAUCACUCUUCAGGCCAUUCCCAUUGCCGUUAACGAAUAGACAAUGGUUUUAUCUCCUAGUGUUACAAGGUGUAGGAGCAGGGAUCAUAGAUGGGGGAGCGAACUUUGCAGUGGCAUAUGCCAUGUAUCAUAAUCAGAAAGUCAUCAAGAUGUGGGUAUUAUCCAAGAACACCUUAGCUGGUGAUCUGGGAGUUACACCAAUCAUACAAUGUUUCGCAUCCAUGUUAAUCACUUCGACUUUGGUUCAUACCGAUUUGCACCAUCAUGCAGUCGCGCCCUUACCGUUUGUCUGGCCUCAUGUCGAACACUUACCUGAUCCGAGGGAAAUCAUCGGUCGAUGGGGUAAAGGGAAACGUAAAGGUGAAGAAACGGAGGAAAAGAAACCCACAAAUGAAGAUGAAGAAGAACCUAGCACAAAAAGUUUAUCACACUAUAUCAAGAUGUUAAUUCGAUUUAUAUUCGAAGGAACAGAGAACAACUCCCUCUUACCUAUUCCCAACUCCAAACCAUUCCCGAUUAGGAUAUUUCUAACAGCAGCUCAAGGAGCAGCUAUUGGAAUAAUCUUUGGUCUACCUGUCUUUUUGCUUUUCAUCAUUGUCUUAGGACCAUUAUACAAGCACGACAAUAUAGUGGAUGUGGGAUGGAAAUGGUCACCUAUGGUUAUAAAAUGCAUAUACGGUGCAGUGGUAGGAUGGAUCACUAAUCCGGUAAUUGCUAGUUUGGCAUUAGGAAGUCAGGCAGAACAUCAUUUGAUUGUUAUCUCCGAAGAUUCCCCAGAAGGCGAUGUAGAAGCUGGUCAAUCGAGUGUACCUAGAAUUGAUGGUGUAGGGGUAGAUACGAUCCACGAGGAAGAAGAAGAGUACUUGAGUCCUCCACCUCCUCUUACUGGCGAUUCACUUAGACUACCCAAGUCGCCUACCCCCGGUGGUGGGUCAUUACGGAUACCCACUUCGCCACGAACAUCCAAUCGACCUAGGGCGUUAUCCAACAUUUCUGCAACGUCGUCGUUAUCUACUCGUAUGGGAAUUAGACCACCCCUCACGGCAAAUUGCUCGACGCUGCCUAUUGUAUCUGCAUCUAAUUCUUCGACAAGGAGAGGAAGUGUUACGUCUAUACCUAGAACACCUAGGUCUCCUGGGACAGGGGAUUUCGGACCGAUGAACGUACCACCUCCAGGUACACCCACUCUUGGUAUGGGCUUCCAGCGGAUCAAGCGUUCGAGGGGAGCUACGAUAUCGACUUAUGUUUCUCAGAGUGAUUCGGUGAAUACCAACUAUUCGUACGCUCUUGGAGGUACUGGUGGAAGAGCGAAGAGGCCCAACAGACCUAGAGCGAUUAGUUCAUUGAGUGGAAAGGGUAUACAGCCACCAAAAGUGCAGGUUGAUGGAAUGGAGGGGCUGGCUGGUUCUUCGCCGAGCGAGGGAAUGAGGUUGGAUGUGCCAAGUGCGAUUACGGCUACAACGGGAACCAGUGAAGUGGGAAAGAACAAUGUGAGGGGUAGUAGUGAGUUUGCAACUACACCCGUAUGGGACGUUUUCGGUCAAGUCAAAGUACAAGAUCAAAUAACUACGCCUAAAAAGAAUGUUCAAGAUGAUGUGGAACUGAGAGACAAAACAAUGAAACAAGAGGAAGAUGCUGAAAAGAAAGAUGAGAAAUAA